UAGACUUCCUGAAAAGGUACUAAACAUGUUGACCGACGUCCAAGCAAAACUCAUUGUGUCUUUUCACGGAUGGCCACCAAUUUCAAGGUCACGACAUAUAUCAAGUAUUCGACAAUGAUCUUUAUAUGAACUCCUGCUUUCACGAGUAUCUCUGAAUCUCCCGCGAGAAACUGUCGAUACGAAGCUGAUUAUCUGCUAUGUACGUGUCCUCGAAUCCAGUUUCCAGCGUCGAACGACGCGACACAAAGCCGAAGGAGAAGUCCACAGCAGGUCCUGUGGCUGCUCUUCCUACCCCUCCUUCAAGUUUACCAGCUCGUCGCCAUCGAUCUGCAUCUAUAUCUUCAGAUGAUACUAGCAAAGCGACUUUCUUACCUCAAUUUGACCACACGUCCGGGACGUCUUCGCGUUUGAAGUACGAUCUUCGCGCAGGCCAUCCUUCGCUUUUUCGUAGCAUCAAGCUCCUUCGCGCCUUACGGUCGACUGCCGAUGUUCCCGGGGUACGAUCCCUGGCUCAGGUUCUCCUUUCGAGCAUCAUCAACGUCGUACAUCUAAUGCAGGUCCCCCAAGACGUUAAAGAUGACCAGAAAUACUUAGAGAACAUCCAAGCUGUCUCUUUUAUGGUUCAGCAGUUUCAGCAGGGAGUCGAACGAUUAGAACAUGUGGACGCGUCGCGGGGAGCUGCAGCUGUUUCCCGAGUUGUAGACAUAGCUGAGCUGACCAUUGACGCGCUGGAGCGCCUUCUUGGUCUCACGGAGCGAUUGGUCAAACCCCUUCCAGAAAUUCCAGCGGACGCAGUCGAGGAAGUCAAAGCUCCUGGUCUACCUCCUACACCUCAUCUCCGUGCUCCGAAAGGCUCCACCUCCGAUCGCUCUUUUGCGCGGAUGUCCCUCGCCCAGAUCACCACUGAAGUCCUAGAUCAUCCCACAGAGGAUUCUCCCAAAUCGAGCUCUAGUUCUAGGACGUCUGCUAUUCUUACCAUUUUGCAUAAAGCUAGGGAUAAAAGCGUCUUGGGGUCACUUUUCAAAUCCAAAUCAGAUGCAGCGAGCAGUGGCGAUGAAUACCCGCAAUAUGCUCCCCGGAAUUCUGCUCUCUAUUAUCCUGUGGAUCCGUUGAACCCCGACGUCGACGUCGAGCUUCCUCCAAUGUCCGAAGACGCGAUGAACAUUACCCUCAGUCAUGACAGCGCGCACAUGAUCAAAAUGUCCCUCGUCGCUGUAAUUCGACUCUUGACCUCCAAGGAUGCGAUUCAAGACCCGUACCUUAUCCAUUGGUUUUUCACAACUUUUCGAUAUGUUCUCCUUCCCAGUGACGUUCUCGAUCUACUCAUCUCCCGAUUCAACGAACCCAUGCCAGACGAGCCUAUGGAUCAGAAGCAAAUGCGCGUCUGGUGUAACAACCAUGCCAAAAUUGUUCGCCCACGCGUCGUCAGUGUGCUUAUUCGGUGGCUUACUCAGUUCUGGGAACCACCCUAUGAUGACUCUUGCGUCUUGAACGACAUGCAGGACUUUGUCUUAAAACAAGUUUCUGCUUCGCUUCUCCCAGAUCGCUUGGGUAUCGCCUUUGCUCAAGCUGUCAAAGUUGUUCGAGUUGACGGCGUCACUCGUACUACGUGGCUUCAAAAGCGUCAACAGAGUAUAUCCUACAGGCGUCUCUCUAACCCCGCGCCCUACGCUUUCGUCGAACAAUGUACAACGAAGUUUCCUUUAGAUGCGUUCAAUUGCACUGCGGGGUACAAGGUACUUGCGGAGCAGUUGACACGCAUUGAAGCCAGUAUCUGGGGUCAGUUACCUGUCCAGGCUCUUGUUCGGUUAUGGCUGGAGAGGAAGACAAGGACCUGCGAAAUUCGCUUGGGAGCAAAGCUUUGCGAUAUAAAGGAACGUCACGAAGCCAUUGGAAUGGAAUCGAAGAAUCUCCAGGAACAGGUCGACAAAUCAACUAAGCGUAUCUUGGUUAAUACUCUGAAGUCUCAACAAAGAGCUCUUCUCAGACAAUCCAGCAGCCUCGCAGCACAGAUUCGGGUUUAUGAGGGCACCAUACAAGAAAUUACGGCGUCUAGAAACCUUGCGGAGCGUGCAGCAACGGCUGUCCGACAUUUCAAUCGCUCAUUGUUCAUGUUGGUUAUCAGUACUAUCUUGUUGGAAGCGGAACAUGAAGACGGGAUGGUGCGAGCCAUCAAGUUCUGGUUCAAAGUUUGUGGGCUGUGCUACGAUAUGAAGAACAACAGCUGUGCUUCGACUAUCUUCAUCGGGAUAACUAAUAUCUCAUACGUUUGGCGUCUUAUAGAAAUUCUCCCCGCACUUGAUUCCGCAACGGAAGAGAUGCACAACAAAUACCGUACCAUAUUCGAAAUAAACAACAAAAAGCUGAACGCCGAUGAAUUGCAAGAUACCCAGUUGGGGACCAUUGCAUGCAUUCCUCGUCUUCACAACGUCGAAAAAAGCACAACGCACAUCGCUAAUGCUUAUACCGCGCUCAUCAACGAAAAUAGUAUUCACGCCAAUCACUUACGGGUGAUUGGAAAAGUCAUCUCCGCACUCGAGGCACCUCGCCUAUACUCUCUCCCCAAAGACAAUACCGUGGAGGGCCUUCUUCGAAGCCACAUUUCCAGGUUCAAUGUUGCCGACGAAGCAACACAUAUGAAAUCUUUCGAAUUCAGAACGUUCGUAUUUCAGUGGAUUCUGGAUUUCCUUGAUUGAUGAUCUGGUUUUAUAGCACUCAACUCAAGCCUCGACGUCUACGUACCCCUCCCGCCCAACAACCUUCUUCGCCUCCUACGGUCGAC